GGAGCGCGAGAGGCGGUGCUUGCGCGACUCAAGGGAGAUCAGAGCGCGAGCAGCGGACGGUUCCCAUCUAGAGGAGAAAGGAAGAAAGAAAGCGAGAGUGAGAGCAAAGGGCUGAACAGAAACCCUUUAACUUUAUAAGGAUAGCGGAUUCCAUUCAUAACCACAACACACUCCGAACGGUGUGUUUUCCCCCUUCAACUCUCUGAAGAUGUCUCAGCGUGUACGUCGGAAUGGGUCACCGAUCAGCGCAACGAGCGGGGGUAGUGGUGGCGGCGGCGGCGGCAGUGGCAGCAGUGCUGGCAGUAAUAACAGUGCUGGGGGUGUCGGCCGCCCACAGCCCAUGAGGGCCACAGUGCCGUUCCAGUUGAAACAGGGCAGCCCAACGAGGUGUGUUGGCGGAGGGGGGCGGCAGCAACAGCAACAGCAGCCGGCCUCCUCCCGGAGCAGCCCCACCAGGACUCAGCAACAGCAGACGACCACGGCCUCAUCACGGGGCAGCCCCACUAGGACACAGCAGCUACACCAGGCGGCCACUGCUACCGCCACCACAUCUCCUUGCUCCUCGCCCACUUCUUUGUGGGCCCCAGGGGCUGAUUCUUCACGAGUCAGACACAGGAAAUCUCCAGAAUACAGGGGUUCCCCAGAAAGGAGGAGCCCCAACUCUCCCACCAGCAAAGUUGAAAGAUCACGCCAGUGCUUGGUGAGUCCAUCCAAUAGUAUUCGUCGAACGUCUUCGUUGGACACCCUCGCAGCUCCAUACCUCACUGGUCAGUGGCCGCGUGAUGUCCACAGCCAUUCUGCCCCUUGUAUGAGAGAUAAAGCCACACAGACACCAAAUGCCUGGGCGGAAGAGAUCUCUGAAAGGAAGAAAGGAUCCCACAAACGGUCUGCAUCCUGGGGAAGUAAUGACCAAUUAAAAGAGAUUGCAAAGUUACGCCAACAACUUCAACGUAGCAAACAGAGUAGUCGGCACCAUAGAGAUAAAGAGAGGCAAUCUCCUUUCCAUGGCAACCAUGCGGCUAUUAACCAGUCACAGACAUCUAUUCCAAAGACUAUUUUGAUUCCCGUAACAAUACCAAUUUCAAAGUUGAGCGUUCCCCGAUUCCGCAACAGCGUUGAGGGUCUUAACCAGGAGAUUGAGAGGAUUAUAAUAAAGGAAAGUGGGGACAAAGAGGAGCAGAUGAUUCUUCAGGAUACUCCAGAUGGUCAUCGUGCUCCAUUUCCCAUUCAGCAGCGAAGUAGCAGUACUCGUAGUAUUGAUACUCAAACCCCAUCAGGAAUGGAUCGGAGCAGUACCAGUAGCAGCAGAUCCCAAUCUGUUUCACCAACAUUCCUCGCAAUAGCCAGCGAGGGUAACGGAGAAAGCCCAUGCUACACUGAUGACCUUCUUACAGACAGCAGAGAGAAAGAAAGUGGUACUAAUUCUCCACUACCCAAAUAUGCCUCUUCUCCAAAACCAAACAACAGUUACAACUUCAAACGAGAGCCACCUGAAGGAUGUGAGAGAGUAAAAGCCUUUGAGGAAACUUCACCAAAGCAGCUGCAUGAAAUUCCUCAGUUCUUCUGUCCAGAUAAAAACAAGGUGAACUUUAUACCGAAAAGUGGCUCUGCAUUCUGUCUGGUCAGUAUCCUAAAGCCACUACUACCUACGCAAGAUCUAACACUGAAGAACUCCAACUACGGCCUCAUAGUCCCAGCAGCAGUCUUACCGACAGUAUCUCUGGCACAGCCUCUGCCAACGCACAUGGAACAAGAUAGAAUUUCAAGAGGCACCUGCAUGGGCCUCCUGCAGUCUUCAGUACACCAGCAUUCAGCACAGACAGAAGAGUUGGAGAAAUAACCCAGUGAAGCAGGCCUUCAUUGGAGAAACCUACCACAGCGUCACAUAUCUGCAACUUGGCAAUAAGGUUUUCGGCCCCAGGGUACAGGCAAAAGGUGGGUGGUGGGAGAGUGGGUCACGGGGUCCAAUCAAACCCAACAGCAACUUUUAAGGAAAUGCCUUCCUCUAGACCUUUUCACAAUGGGGGAUGAUUUUGUUAGGUGCAUGAUGUUUGACAUUUUUUUAGUGUGAAGUAUUCCCCCCCCCCCCCCCCCCCAUGGGCACAAGGACUAAAGACAAAAUCUGCGGAAGGGCACAAACUUCAAGGUGAUUGGGCAAAAUGUUACUUGAAAGGACCAUAGCUGUCACUAUUUUUCCCUUCCUCUGCGGAGCCUUAUCUUUUUACGGUUCCUGUUCUGUUUACAUUUAAAUAAAGAUUAUAUAUAUUAUAUAUAAAGUUAACAUUUCCAAGUUAAUCAAAGGCAAAUGGAAGCCAGCUUUACACUAGUGCAACAGUAGUUUGGUUCUCAGGAAAUGUUCCUUGUUUCAUUUGUGCUAUUGUAUAUUUACUAUAUCACUGGUCACUUUCACAUGAGAAGACACGACCAAUACUAAAAAUUUCCCAGAUAAUGGCAAAUUGCUGUUUGCGGUUAUUAUUAGUGUGGAAGUCAUAGUGGGAUAGUGAGUGAAACAAUGUGAAGGCACUUUGCUGUCUCGUUGUUAUUGAUGGACUAUUAUGAUCACACCAUUGCAAACUGUGUUUUGAAACAGUAUGGCACCAGGUAGAUAUUUAGGAUAGACACAAAAUGCUGGAGUUACUCAACGGGACAGGCAGCAUCUCUGGAGAGAAGGAAUGGGUGAGUCUGAAGAAGCGUCUCGACCCAAAAUGUCACCCAUUCCUUUCCUCCAGAGAUGCUGCCGUCCCGUUGAAUUACUCCAGCAUUUUGUGUCUACCUUUGAUUUAAACCAGCAUCUGCAGUUCUUUCCUACACAGGUAGAUUUAUAAUCAGCCCUUUGAUAAUGUUCUUGCUUCGGUUAGAAACGGUUGGAUUUCAUCUCUUCUGAAGAUGCACUGGAAGCUUAUAUUUUGGAUAUGGUGUCCAGAGUUUUAACUCUUCAUGUUGGAUAUUUAAAGGGUGUUUUUAUAGGAGCCUUUGACUUGGAACAAACACUCGUAGUAUUUUAAAAUGAAUUGUUCAUCUUUGGAAUACCCGAUGAGCCUUUACUGCUUUUCCAUGUGGAAAAUGUAUUUCCUUGGAGAAUAAAGGUUAUCUCCUUGUAUUUUAAAUAUUCAAUAUCCUUGAAACAGUGGUAAUAGUGACCAUUGCAUUAUUCAUUCAACAAAUUAUACAAUUUUUGUACUGUUGUGUUGAAAUUGCCAGUAGUACUUAAAGAUUAAAGAAUGUAAAAACUUUGGCCACAAA